AUGCUUAAUCUCAAUAAAUAGGAGUCAAAAUCUUGGUUAGCUGGAUAUCAAUGUUGUGUUGUAAUCUACACUUCCAUUAGUUUUGGACUCAUCCUGGUAACUGUGUUCAAUCAAGUUUAAUCAAUCUAAUCUUAUGCAGAUUGGGAUAACUAUCUCAUCAAAGACAUUCAAAUCAAGUAGAACUUCGAUGAGGGAUUUUCAAAUAUUCUAAAUUUCACAUGGCCAGGAACUGAAAAAGUCUGUGAUUGUACAUAAUCCAAUAGCACUAGUAUUUACAAAUAUAAAAAGUAUGAAAUUUACCAUUAUUCUAGUUAUUACUAUAUGGAUUGUAGUCAAUUCAUGUUACAACACAUCAAGAAGCAGAUGGAGAAGUAAUAAUUUAUUUAUUGGCCAUUUCUUCAAUAAAGUGUUGAAAGAGGUAAUCAUUGUCUAUAUUAUCUGAAGGAUUCCAAAUCUGCGCAAAAAGAGUCCGUUUAUAGCGAUGCAAACAUACUCAUCAUAUUAAAAUAUGGAGAAUUUAGAUAAUAUUUGAAUGUGCCAAUAGCAUCUUAUUGUCCAAUUAGUCAUUUCAAUAUGAUUCCAAUGGCUAUGGCUGAUCAAUUGGAGAUUCCGGUCUCUAUUAUAACUAUUAAAGAGUUGAGUCGGAAUAAAUGCCAAAUUACACAUUUUACUAUUGGAUAUAGUAUUCUAAUUUGUUAUUUAGUAACUAGAUUCUAUUUGUUUUUCUGUUGCAAAAUAUCUAAUUUUUAUUAUCUUGAUAACAUGAAUGACUAUAAAUGCUACCUAAUUACUGUAAGUGAAUAAAGUUUUAAAUUAAUACACUAAUCUAUUUGGACAAACUUAUAAUUAAUAAAGAAGUAAUCGUUUUAUUUAAAAUCAUCUAGAUGUGAAUUUAUUCUAUAUAUGAUUGACUAAAUUUCGAUAGUGUAAAUUUCAAGAUUUAGACUUUAUAUAUAAUUUGAAUAGUUACUUAAAAGAUAAUGUAAUGGACAUCUAAUUGGCUGCAUAGGUGAUAGUAAGAAUAUAGGCAGGUGUAUUUGGAUUUUGAUUCCCAUUAUUUCAACCCUUUUUCUUAGUAGGGGUUUUCAUUUCAAAAAUCUUUUUGGAUUUUGGUUGGGUACAAAAAUGAUUGGAGUAAUACUAUGCACUAUCAUUUUGGCAGUAGAUUUAGGUUAUUAACAAUUUAUAAUAAAUCACUUUUAUGAUUUUAUUAAUGCAGAUUGUUUGGAUACUCUUAAUUUAUAUGAGUUGUAUAAUUAUUUACUCUUAAAUUUCAUACUUUAUAUUGACACCAAUGUGACAGAUAUUUAUUUAAAUUAUCUAAUGUGCAGAGAUAAGUAUAAAAAGGAGUAAUUAUAAUGA